CUAGAGGGAGCUGGGAGGGAAGCCGGCUGGCUGGUGUGGUCGGCUGGGAUUUGUAGUCCUUGUGGGCGGUUCAGUUUGCUGGUGGGCGUGGGAGAGACGCACCAAUAGGACUACAGAUCCCAUUGCGCCGGGCCCUCCGGGGGCGGGGCUGGGUUUGUGACAGCUCGCCACUGGCCGUCUUCUUCCCUGCCGCUGUGCGGGCCGGGGCCGGCGAGUGCGAGCGCUCGGAGCUAGCUAGCGCGCGCGGCUGCUCCCGCUCCCGCGGCUGGGGCUUGCCUUUGCAAAGGGGCGCCGCUGCCACGCUCUCCCUUAAAGGCACAGGCGGGGGCGAGGCGAGGCGAGGCGGAGCGGCAGCCUGCUGUGUGCUAUGCUGGGGAUCAGCGGGGAGCUGUGAGCGGCGGCGAUGGCUUCCAAGCUCCUGCGGGCCGUCGUGCUGGGCCCCCCCGGCUCUGGCAAAGGGACCGUGUGCCAGAGAAUUGCCGAGAGCUUCGGGCUCCAGCACCUUUCCAGCGGGCACUUCUUGCGGGAGAACAUCAGGGCAAAGAGCGAAGUUGGUGUCUUGGCAAAGCAGUAUUUAGAGCAAGGCCUUUUGGUACCGGAUCACGUCAUCACCCGUGUCAUGAUGAUGGAGCUGGAGAAAAAGCAGUCUCAGCAUUGGCUACUUGACGGUUUUCCUAGGACACUGGUGCAAGCUGAAGCACUUGACAGAAUCUGUGACCUGGAUCUAGUGAUCAAUUUAAACAUCCCAUUCGAGACGCUAAAAGAUCGUCUAAGCGCUCGCUGGAUUCACCCAGCUAGUGGAAGAGUGUAUAAUAUGGAGUUCAACCCACCUGAUGUACAUGGGAUCGAUGACAUCACGGGUGAACCAUUAAUUCAACGGGAAGAUGAUAAACCUGAUGCUGUUGCUGCUCGGCUAAGAAAAUACAAAGAAGCUGCAAAGCCAGUAAUAGAAUUAUAUAAGAGCAGAGGUGUCCUACACUCAUUUUCUGGGACAGAGACCAACAAAAUCUGGCCUUAUGUUUACACUCUGGUUUCCAGCAAGGUCCGGCCUGUCCAUUCCAAAGAAGCUAAUUAACCAUCUUGUGUAAAGGAUCAAGAAUUUAAUAUGGCUGUCGUAUUUCAUCAGACAAGAGGCUCUUUUGGGCAUCCUAUGCUGCAUCUUUCCCCUUAGGGAAAUUUAUUCUUCCAGUUAUGUAAGAUGAAUGGCUUAGAACAACAUUUGGACAUGCUAGAGCCACAACAAUUCCUGGAUGGAUGGAGACAUGCACCUUUGAACUGUAGCUGGAACACCUUUCACUUUAUUAUGCCUCUCUCUCUCUGUCCAUUAGUAGCCUUAGCCAUUUUUACAUGCAUGUAUAAUAUUUCAUAUUGUGCUUUAUAAACAUUAGUCAGUCCCCAGGCAGUGCAUGCUGCCCCUAUUUUGCAAAUGGAGGUAUGUGACUGGCCAGAGGUCACUUGCUGACUCUGAGCAUGGGGCUGUAAUCCUGUGCUCAGUGCAUUGGACUACGUGUGAGUAACAUUCUGCUGAAGAAGUGACAAAACUACCUGUUGGAGGUGCGUCCAUGCCCUGUUCCCUUGCAGUAGCUGCAAACUCCAUUCUUGGUGGCCUUUCUUCUGCAAACUUUUUUUUUUAAUUGUUAGGUUUCCCUUAAAGUUACCAUAUUUAGAAGAUAAUUGUUGAAUGUCCAGGUUGUUUUGAAUGAGAGAACUUUGUGCAUUGAUCAUAGGACUAGAAGGGACCUUGAGAGGUCAUCUAGUCCAGUCCCCUGCAUACAUGGCAGGACUAAGUAUUAUCUAUACCAUCCCUGACAGGUGUUUGUAUAACCUGCUCUUAAAAAUCUCCAAUGAUGGAGAUUCCACAAUCUCCCAAGGCAAUUUAGUCCAGUGCUUAAGCACCCUGACAGGAAGUUUUUCCUAAUGUCCAACCUAAACUUCCCUUGCUGCAAUUUAAUUGCUGCUUCUUGUCCUAUCCUCAAAGGUUAAGAAGAAUAAUUUUUCUCCCUCCUCGUAACAACCUUUUAUGUACUUCAAAACUGUUACCACAUCCCCUCUUAAUGUUCUUAGAUUUUAAAUUCACUGAUACUAUCUCCACCGCUGACAGUUUUAAAAUCUAGAUUGGAUGUUUUUCUUAAAUAUAUAGUCUGGGAAUUAUUUGGGUGAAGUUCUGUGGCCUGUGUUAUACAGGAGGUCAGACUAGAUGAUCACAAUGGUCCCUUCUGGUCUUGGAAUCUGUGAAUCUAUGAAAAUAGCAAUCUCUAUUCUUUGUGGCAUCUACAAACUUUUUUAAUGUCAAUUUUUAAAAGAGUUGUAAAUUCUUUACAUCAAUUUGACACCUGAUCACCUUGGGGAUAAUACUAUAUUUACAUACCACAGCAGGACAUUGGUGGAUUGACAUAAAGCACUGUAUAAGUAUGAAGUGUUGUUUAUUUCAAAGGGUUGGCACUCACAGCAUGUGCAUUCCUCAGGGUUUAUUAAUGAUGCUGUGGGUUGGAGUGGUAGUGAUUGACUUCAGGAAGUAUACUAACACCAAUACACUACACAUGGUUGCACUGUCAUUUCAGCACUAGGUUUUUAAUUUUGAGUUUCUAAAAUGGCUGCCGCACCUGUUCUUUAGUGCAAAGCAGAAUUCAGGAGACCCUGAAUUGGGGUAGGAACCCCAAAACUCACUUGAAACUAGGUACAACCUGGCAAUCUGUGUCAAAUCCAACAAUUUAUGAUGAUCCCUCCCAUCCCAGAGUCCAGCUCUACCUUUUUAGUUGUCUGUGUUGUGUGCAAAGGGGUGGGGUGUUUGGAGUGUAGUUAAAGGGAUGGAAUGGAUGUGUGUGUAUUUACCUUAGAAUUGCUAUGGGAGGGCUUGUUAGAGGUUUUAGGUCCUAAAUAAAUCCACUUUUUUUUAGGAGAGGAACAGGUCUAGUUUUACAGGGCAUGCACUCAUUAAAUAUUGGUGUGCAAAUUAUCUAUAGAUACUUGUACUGUGUUUUUAAAGGAUGGAUCAAAUCAUUGCUGAGAUAAACAUCUUCAAUUUGAACUGCAUACUAUCCCACUGCACUUGGGUCACACAACCUACCUGUGUUAGUUGUUUUACUUCAGCUUUCUCCUACAGUCUGAAUCUUCCCAUCAGAACACAACACAAUUCCCCACUUCAUCCCCUGACUUUGGUACUUUACUGUGAAUCUUAUGCGUGGUUUUUUGUUUUUGUUUUUUUUAAAAAAUAAAGUGGUGACAGUUCUGUAAUAAACCAAAGUGGGGGUUGGAAGGAGGAGGUUUCCUCUGUCUGUCCUCUCCGUGGGAACCAUUUGGUAUUUGUAUGUUUGCUGAUGGCUGGAAAUGUAACAGCGAGUUUAUUCUUGGGUGGUCUGGUCCCUGGAGAAUCACUACAGCUAUAUUGCCAUUUGAGAUAUGUAAAUAAAUUUUUUCCCCUGCUUCUA